GCUGGGAAAACUGCUCUCAUGGCGUUUAGCCCCUGGCAGAUCCUCUCCCCAGUCCAGUGGGCCAAGUGGACGUGGUCUGCUGUGCGAGGGGGGGGUGCUGGAGACGGUGAGGAUGGUGGGGUAGAGCGAGAGAUAGAGGAGGACGACUCGCAGGCAGAGACCAAAUCAUUGAGUUUCAGCUCGGAUUCCGAAGGCAAUUUUGAGACCCCUGAAGCAGAAACCCCAAUCCGGUCACCUGUAAAGGAGAUCUGUGACCCAUCACUGGGAUUGGAUGCAGCCGAGGCCAGGACCCAAGAAUUACGUGAAGAUGAUGAACACCUGGUAGCUGAAAUUUCAGAGACAUAUGUACCCCAGAAGCACUCCGAGGAUGAAGUGCAAUCGCCUCUUGCAGUUCUUCAAGCCGACAAGAAUUCUAAAGCAGAAACUGACUGCAAACUUGAUGAAGAUUCAUCAGUGACACAAGUUGCACCAGAAACGGAGCCGCCUUUGGAUAUUUCUUCAGCACUCACAAAAGAAACCGAUUCUCCAUCUUCAGUAGUGUCGGCUCCAGACCAGACUUUACCAUCCAAUGUACCCACAGCUACCCAAGAGUGGGUGAUGUCAGAAGAAGACAUGGUGGUCACUCUUGAAGGGUUGGCUGAUGCUGAGCCAAAGGCUGAAACUUUUGCCCUGGAGUCAGUGCCAAGCAAGAGCAAGCUCAAGAAAGUGAAACCAUCUUCUCUUAGGAAGAAAACAGCUGGAGAGACCCCAGAAACGGAAGCAGCCACGGAGGGCAUCCCUGUCCCCAAAGCAUCUUACCAGUUCAAUCCAGCUGAGUAUGAUGAGAAAAUAAACCCCUUUGUGAUGGGAGGUUCCAAAAUACAGAACUCUCCUGCAGCUCAGCAAACCUUCAUGGCUUCAAACAGCGACACCAAUGAUUCCGGGGUGGAGUUGGAUGAGGAGUCCCGGAGCCAUGCUCUGAAGCUGGAAUUUGAUUUUACGGAUGGGGUGGAGAAUGGAGAGGUCAAGAAAGCCGUGCCAAAGAAAAUUGGCAGGAAACCUGCCAGCAAACUAACUCCUAAACGACAAAGAGAAGCUGCUAAUAAACCUAUGAGUGCUGAUGGCCUGGAAAAGGCUCCAGCAGAGGUGCCUCUCCCCAAAGUCUUGUACCCGGUGGAUCCCAGUCAGUGGGACGACCCUAACUUCAACCCUUUUGGCAGCAGCUCGAACUUGCAGAACUCCCCACCCCUCCCAAAGGCUUCCUAUCAUUUUGACCCCAACAACUUUGACACAGUGGAUCCUUUUAAACCCACCAAGAGCUUAGCCAGCACAGCUGCUGACUCCUGCCCCACAGCUGAUAACAAUCUCAAUGAAAUUCUGGAGUCUCAGACCCUGGAGGUUCAGGGCGAGGAGCUGACGAUAGGCAAAGCCUCUCCGAAGAAGGCCAAGUCGCGCUUGAUAACGACUACUGAACAAGUGAAAUUUCUCUGUUUUCUGUUGAGUGGCUGCAAGGUGAAGAAAUAUGAGAUGCAAUCCCUGGUCCUGGAUGUUUGCACUGAGGAUGAAGGAGCAUUGAUCUCAAAAAUCCCAGAUGUUGCAAACUGUGAUGGCCAUGCUACUGAUGAAGAGAAGCUGGCGUCUACAUCCUCCAGUCAGAAACCAUCCGGGCCAGAGGUGAAAGGUGAGCCAGAAGACGACCUGGAGUACUUUGAAUGUUCCAAUGUUCCCGUGUCUACCAUAAAUCAUGCGUUUUCAUCCUCAGAAGCAGGGUUCGAAAAAGAGACAUCCAAACAGAAGGAGAAGGAUGGGCCCAGCGGCACCCUGGGCGAUUCUGGACUGUGCUCAAAGGACAAAGCCCCUGGGGCCAUGACGACCGGAGCGAGUGGAAGUGAAAGUCCUCUGGAAAGCAUUUGCCUCAGUGAAUCUGACAAAACAGCCGUGCUCACUUUAAUAAGAGAAGAGAUAAUCACUAAGGAGAUCGAAGCAAAUGAAUGGAAGAAAAAAUAUGAAGAGAGCCGACAAGAAGUCUUGGAAAUGAGGAAAAUCGUGGCUGAAUAUGAAAAGACCAUUGCCCAGAUGAUAGAAGAUGAACAGAGGACAAACAUGGCCUCCCAGAAGAGUCUGCAGCAGCUCACGAUGGAAAAGGAACAGGCCCUGGCAGACCUGAACUCCGUAGAAAGGUCCCUGUCGGAUCUGUUUCGGAGAUACGAGAACCUGAAGGGCAUUCUGGAAGGGUUUAAGAAGAAUGAAGAAGCUUUGAAAAAAUGUGCUCAGGAUUACUUAGCCCGGGUCAAACAGGAAGAGCAGCGGUAUCAAGCCCUGAAAAUCCAUGCAGAAGAAAAAUUAGACAAAGCCAAUGAAGAAAUUGCACAGGUGCGCACAAAAGCAAAAGCUGAGAGUGCAGCUCUCCAUGCUGGGCUGCGCAAAGAGCAGAUGAAGGUGGAAUCACUGGAGAGAGCCCUCCAACAGAAGAACCAAGAAAUUGAAGAGUUGACCAAGAUCUGUGACGAGCUGAUUGCAAAGAUGGGAAAGACUGACUGA